AUGCCACCCGGACUACAUCGCCUGCCAGCAAAAGCGUCAUUGUCUACCAAGAGCAUUUACUAUGGCCUCGGACUGGUGGGGCUUUGCUCAAGUUUAUUCCAUGGACUUCUUUCAUAUCAUGCGCACAUGGCCGAUGAUACAUCCAUGAUCGUGGCCACCUCGAUAGUCUGUUAUCGAGCAAUGACAUACAGUGAAACAGGAUAUCAUACCGUCAAAGAUGAGCAGAUGGUCCACGAGCUCUCCUUCGUUUCUCUGAUCGUCGUCGUCGCGAUCAAGACCCGAUCCCUGAUCAAGCUCCGUGUGCAUAAUCCAAAGGACAAGGAAAUGCUACACAGAGCUGUCAUCUUUGGUGCAGGUUGCUUUGUGUUUGGCUACCUGCUUUGGCAACUUGAUUCUAUCUUCUGCGCGCAGCUCACAAUACUCAAACGGACUGUGGGGCUGCCCUGGGGUAUCCUGCUCGAGCUCCAUGGUUGGUGGCAUAUCUUGACUGCUAUUGGAGUGCAUACCUUCAUGAUCAUGGUCGAUAGACUCACGCGUGACGAAGUCCAGUUUGCAAGCGACGACUCCAGAUUGUUUGGUGCAAAGAGCACAAAGAAGGAGGAAUGA